AUGGUUCCUCGACGCUUCGCUUCAACCGCACAGCAGGCCGCCGCGCUCCUGGGAUCGGUCGACGUGCUCGUGUGCCUCGCCGGAAUCGUGGGCUGCGCGCACGCCCUCGAGAGGCCCGUCUCGCAGUUCCGCCGGAUCCUCGACGUCAACGCCGCGGGGUCGUUUAUCUGCGCCCGCGCCGCCGCCCGGCAGAUGGUGCGGCAGGGCAGGGGCGGCAGGAUCGUGCUGUCGGCGUCGGUUUCGGCGCACAGGGCGGCCGAGUGGGCCAGGUACGGCAUCACCGUCAACAGCGUGAGCCCCGGGAGGACGUGGUGUGAGAGGAAUCCGCUCGGGAGGAUGGGCUCGCCGGACGAGGUGGCCGGCGUGGUGGUGAUGCUCGCGAGCAACGCGGGCUCGUACAUGAACGGCGCGGAUGUGAUAUGCGACGGCGGCGGUGUAGUGUUCUAG